AUUAAAUUAAAAUAAUUCAAAAAUUUUAAGGAGCUAAAUUGAGUGCGACUAUAAAAUUUAGUAGCCAGACUGAAUCUUAUUCCAAAAGAAUAUUAGGAGAGAAGUGAAAGAGACACAUGGAAAUCACCUUUUAAAAAAACAAUAAAAAAAUAAAAAGGGAAAAAAUAGUAUAUAAAAAGGAGGCAACGUAAAUAAAGACAUCAGAAUGAGGCUGCCUUUGUUCCACAACAGACGACGAGAUUUCCUGAGUUGGUGGUCGCGUUGGUGGUGGUGGUUGUGCUGCUGCUGUGUCGUCGUUUCUGCAUUACUUUUGGCAGCAGCUAAUAUUUUGACCGUCGUCAAAAGGAGCCCCUCCACCCCACCCAUUCCACCCCACGCCGCCGUGUCACCACCAUUCUCGUUCUGCCAACUUAUCCGUUUUGAACCAACCACCCGUUCUUCAAGCCGCCAAACUUUCUCUUCUUCUCAUUUCGAAUUUUUUUAUUUUCGAAAAGAAAAAGAAGAAAAUUUUUUUGGUUGAUUUUCUGAAAUCAAUCAAAACUAAAUCAAGAAGAAGAAACCCAUAUCAUUAAGAAGAAGAAAAGAAUGGGAAAAGAAAGGAGAGUAAUAAAAAAUAAGGGAAGAAUAUCAAGAAUAGGGAGUUAUGCAAUAUCUUCAUCAAUGUCAAUGAGGGACCACAGGCAACAACCUUGCAUUACCUGCACAACUUUCAAUAUAUUGGCUCCUAUUUAUAAACGCCUUAAUCUUAACAAUAACAAAAAUUCCCGUGAAAGCGAUUGUAGAGCCUAUUGGCUCGCCAGAAACCAUCGGAUUUUGGAUUCUUUGUUGCGAGAGAGAUCUUCCAUUAUUUGUCUUCAGGAAUUCUGGUCAGGGAAUGAAGAGCUGGUUAACAUGUAUGAAAAGAGAUUGGGUGAUGCUGGCUAUAUCAAUUUCCAGCUUCCACGCACCAACAACCGUGGUGAUGGACUAUUGACUGCUAUACGCAAGGACUAUUUCAGAGUUAUUAAUUAUCGAGAAGUGCAUUUCAAUGAUUUUGGCGAUCGUGUUGCUCAGUUGUUACAUGUCGAAUUAGAUGCCCCUUUUUCUCCAUGCAGAAACAAUGAUACUUGCCAAGAAAUUCUCAUUGUGAAUACCCAUUUGUUAUUUCCCCAUGAUUCAAGUUUGUGUAUAGUGCGAUUGCAUCAGGUUUACAAAAUCCUGCAACAUGUGGAAUCAUAUCAGAAGGAAUGCAAGCUUAGUCCCAGGCCCAUUAUCCUUUGCGGUGAUUGGAAUGGAAGCAAAAGAGGGCAUGUGUACAAGUUUCUUAGAUCACAAGGUUUUGUAUCAUCAUAUGAUGCUGCUCACCAGUACACUGAUGCAGAUGCUCACAAGUGGGUAAGCCAUCGCAAUCACCGUGGGAACAUAUGUGGUGUGGAUUUUAUAUGGCUUCUUAAUCCUAAUGGAUACUGCAAACUACUAAAAACUAGUUGGAGUGAAGCAGUAUUUGACAUGUUCAAGUAUCUACUACGGAGAGCUUCACUUACUGAAGAGGAUGCUUUUGCUUUUCUGAAGGCUGAUAAGGAUGGUGAUUGCAUUACCUACGUCGGUUUCUGUGACGCUCUUCGACAGCUUAAAUUAACUGGCCAUCGCCAUGGACUCUGUGCUGAAGAGACAAAGGACUUAUGGCUCCAAGCAGACAUUGAUGGAAGUGGUCUCCUUGAUUACAAGGAAUUCCAGCGAAUUUGGAAUCCUGCAUCUGCAGAGCAGAAAGAUGAAAUUACCAAUGAAGAUGAAGAUGGCAUUCCUAGGGAUAGGCAAGAGCAAACCAUUGGUUUCAGUGUGGAGAAUGCAGUACUUUUCCCUCCUGAAGCGGAGAAAGGAAGAUGGCCUGAAAAUUAUUCUCUUUCCGACCAUGCCAGACUCACAGUGGUAUUCUCACCAAUAAGAAUGCCAUGCUCGCAAGCAAUAUCCUGACGGACCUCAAACAAAACAUAGGCAUACAUUUUGUAAAUAGAAAACAUAAGGGAUGGACAGAAGAAGAGGCCUGUGGAUAGGUUGUGAUACGGACACUUAGUGAGCGCAUGGGAUUUCAUUGCAGACAUCUUGAAGUUCUUCCUUGAUGGAGCAUUCAUCAGAUGAUUCUUGCAACAACUUCGAUGGGCCCUUGAGUCAAGUCUUUUGCUUCCUCGCAAACUAGGCCGUACACUGACAAACCAACUUGAAACCUGCUCUUGGUAAUAUUGUGAGCUCACCUGUAGGCAUUGGCAGAUUGGAGUAGCUUUCUGGGCCUGUUUUAGUCUUCUGCUCUCUUCUCUUGUCGAUUAGGAAAAAGACAAGGUAAAAGAGGGGAAGACGGAAAAGAAAAGGAGGUGGAAAUAAGGAAGAAGGAAAGCAGGUGCAGAUGUUACUUGGUAGGUUCAAGCAGCUAGGCAUCACAUUUUGUACAGUGGUGACCCUUAUAGUGAUCCAUGCAUUUGGAUCAUAGUUUAAUGGUUCUUGUCCCCUAAAUUGAAAUUGUGCAGAAAUUUCCAUUGGAUUAUCUGGUUUCCUGGUAUAUUUCUUUCAUCAAGGAAUUUGAAAAUGUACUAAUUUCAGCCUCUGAAAGGUGAGGGGACAAGCCAUGUACUUUACAGUUUUAUCAGUCAUUCUAGGCUCAGGUUUCUGGCCAUCUUGAAAGAACGUUAGCAAACAAUUUGAUAGUAAACUAUAGAAAUAUCAAAUUUGAUGUUCACAAUAAGAAUGCAAGGGAAGAAUAGAAUCAAGUAUUAUUCAGUCA